GUCAAAUCACUUUAACUGUGGCGAGCCUAGCUGAACCCUAAGAAAAGACGUGGCGUUUUCCUGUCAAAGUCGAAAACCUUGCGGACGUGAUAAACAUUUAACAUAGUUGCGCUCGAAAACGAAAUGCUCUCCUCCUUUAGGUUUCGCGUCCGUCGCAUUCGAACUCCGUCUGGCCAUUUUUCCACAAGGAGAUGUUUGUCGACGCACCGAAACGCUUCCAGACCCAUUGUAAUUGCCGGCGGUGGUCCCUGUGGUCUGUUCAUGUCCAGUUUGCUAGCGUCGUACAGAAUCCCUUCGAUUCUGUUGGAAGCCCAAACAGCAGAAUCGCGGUUUCGCCAUCCGCAAGCGCAUUUUUUGAAUACACGAACAAUGGAAAUUCUGCGGCAUUCAUUACCCGCGGUCUAUAAACGUGUCCUCCAAAGUAUGGGUCCUGUAUCAGAAUGGCAGCGGUUUCGCUUCACCACGAGCAUGAGUGACGACCAGCCUCUGGCAGAAGUGCUUCACUUCGUGGAUCGACCCUUACAAGCCGGACGGGACUCCAACGGCAUUCUGCUAAAGGACGAGAAUCUUGCAACUGAUGGUACAGACAAACAAUUAUCAUUCGAUCGUGACCUUUCGCCCUGUACUGUGGGACACUUGGCGCAACAUACGUUUUGUCGAAUUCUCUACGAUUACGCAAAGCAUGAAGCCCGGAGUGUUCCGGGAGCCGCGCUCCAUUACGGAACGCGGAUUACAAAUAUGGAGACUUCUCAAACUAACAAUGGAUGCCUUGUAACAACUAGCAACGGAGUAAAAAUAAAGGCAGCUACAGUUGUGGCCGCCGAUGGCUCAAAUUCGUUGAUUCGGCGUUUAGCCAACAUUUCUCAAAGCGGAGAACAAGGGAUGCAGUAUCUCAUGAACGUGCACGUUAAGCUACCACCCGAUCAAGCGACCGUCUUGCACGCCAACAACAACCAUGCUAUGCUCUAUACCGUGUUCUCGCCUCUGGUCGUCGCUAUGACGGUAUGUCACUCGGUAGGUGAGUACAUAAUUCAAAUCCCCUACUUUCCUCCUUUUCAAAAGCCCGAAGACGACUUUGGACCAGAAAAGUUAUCUGCAAUCGUUCAAGCCGUAUUUGGUUCCAAGAUUUCCCAUUUCGAAAUUGUGUCGGCCAAAAGUUGGACAAUGUCGGCGCUGAUAGCUGAUCGCUACUACGGGGAUAGUCUUUUGCUCGUGGGUGACGCCGCGCAUGUGUUUCCGCCGGCCGGCGGCUUCGGUAUGAAUACAGGAUUACAAGACGUACACAAUGCGGCUUGGAAGCUGGCGUGGCUUUACCAUAACAGCAACCAAUUCAACUCCAACGCCGGCCAUCUUGUCUUUUCCCAGAUGGCCAAAUCGUACCAAGCCGAGCGUCGGCCAAUUGCGCAGCAGAAUGCGGCCCUUUCCGUUCGAAACUACCAGCGUCUCUUGCAAGUCAUGAAAGCGUGCUAUCUGAAUGACCAACACCCAACCCUGCUGCAGACAAUACUGAAAAAUUCCCCGCUCCCCCUCCAGGCUCAACGUUCUCUCUUUUGCUCGUUGCUGCAAACAGCCCUGCAUCCUCUGUCGUGGCUGGCAUCGGACCCGCAGAGUAGGUACGCUAGGCACAUUCGAUCCAACCUGCACCAAAUAUUACAGAGAGGAGCCGGCUUGCCGUUGCUAUUCCCAAAACACGAGUUGGGCCUUGACUACGAUCGAGAUGAAAAGAUUGAAGCGCCUGAGGUUGACGAAUGGAAGAACGAUACACAACCACACGACCCCUGCAUCCAAGUGGGUCGACUCGUGCCACAUUUGCCAGUGCAAGUGGCGGAGGGAUAUUCAGCAGCAACUUAUCCGAACAUACAAUGGCUUUUAAACGAUGUUCUGAGCACGUGCGACUUGCCGUCACAAGUUGCUCGCACUCCACAGCCUACAUUUGCUUUGCUACGUAUUGAUCGGGGCGAUCCCGAUGGCGUCACAAUAGAAGACUUGCGGAGUCUUGGUCGGGAAGUCAGCGAUCGUAUUGGCUUACCUGUCGAGGUGUUGACACUAUGUGUUGGUGAGAAAAUGUCGCAUAGUGAUUGCGACGAAGGGCUUGUUUUCUUCCCUGUCAAUUCAAGUAAGGGAGGAUCGUGUGUGCGUGUGUUUGCCGAGCGUGGGUUGAUUUGGAUCCGACCUGAUGGGCACGUCGCAUUCACUUCAUCGGGUAUUGAGACAUCGGGACUUUGUAGCUUGCGAGAAGAGUUGUGUGGUACGGCGUUUUCAUCAGCUUUUGGCAGAAACGAAUCGUAA